CGCCGCGCGCCCGCGGCCGGAGCCCUAGUUCCCUGGAGCUCUGCGCUCGCUCCGGUACCGUGCGAGAGGCGGUUUCCUCCGCUCGCUGUCCUCUUUCGCGUCUGCUGCCUCCUCCUCAGUCUGCCGGCUGAGUAGUCCGCACACCCCGGCCGGGAGCUGUUCGGUCUCUUCGGCGAAGUAGAGCGGGCUGCGAGUGGGUCCCCAAGCCCUGCUUACUACGCUGGAGAUGCUGCACUUGUGAGUGACAGACAGGGCUUCAUCUGAAUUUCCGCACCUGGCGAGUUGCAGAGCCUGCAUCUCUGAAGCUGCCUGGGUGAAGAGCCACAGUAUUUUUUUUUUCCUUUUUUUGGGAGAGUAGCUGCCUCUGGGAUUUGAGAUCCCAUCUUCCCUGCAAAUUACCGGGUUGCAUCUUCACUGAUAGGAAUACAUUUCUUCACCAAAGGACAUGGAUGAAAAUGAAAACAACCAGUCCCUGGUGACUAGCAACCAAUAUCCUAAAGAAGCAGUAAGAAAACGCCAAAAUUCAGCACAGAAUUCUGGAGGAAGUGAUUCUUCUAGGUUUUCCAGGAAAAGCUUCAAACUGGAUUACAGACUAGAGGAAGAUGUAACCAAAUCAAAGAAAGGAAAAGAUGGGAGAUUUGUUAACCCUUGGCCAACAUGGAAAAAUCCCUCAAUUCCAAAUGUUCUCAAAUGGCUGAUAAUGGAGAAAGAUCACAGCAGCAUUCCACGUUCUAAAGAGGAACUGGACAAAGAACUCCCAGUGCUAAAGCCAUAUUUUGUCACUGACCCUGAAGAAGCUGGAGUGCGGGAAGCUGGCUUGAGAGUCACGUGGCUGGGGCAUGCCACAGUGAUGGUGGAGAUGGAUGAGCUCAUAUUUCUCACGGAUCCCAUCUUCAGCUCUCGAGCCUCACCGUCCCAGUACAUGGGUCCAAAGCGAUUUCGGCGUCCCCCGUGCACGAUAAGUGAACUCCCCCCGAUAGAUGCAGUCCUUAUCAGUCACAACCACUAUGACCAUCUGGACUACAGUUCUGUCAUUGCUUUGAAUGAGCGAUUUGGUAAUGAGUUGAGAUGGUUUGUGCCUUUGGGUCUCCUCGACUGGAUGCAAAAAUGUGGUUGUGAGAAUGUGAUUGAGCUGGACUGGUGGGAGGAGAAUUGUGUCCCCGGACAUGAUAAGGUCACCUUUGUCUUUACGCCUUCCCAGCACUGGUGUAAAAGGACUCUAAUGGAUGACAACAAGGUUCUGUGGGGCAGCUGGUCUGUCUUGGGGCCUUGGAAUCGGUUUUUUUUUGCAGGAGAUACUGGUUAUUGCCCUGCUUUUGAAGAGAUAGGAAAAAGAUUUGGACCUUUUGACCUUGCAGCUAUUCCCAUUGGAGCUUAUGAACCAAGGUGGUUUAUGAAAUAUCAGCAUGUAGACCCGGAAGAAGCUGUAAGGAUUCACAUUGAUGUCCAAACAAAGAAAUCUGUGGCAAUUCACUGGGGAACUUUUGCCUUAGCAAAUGAGCAUUACUUAGAGCCUCCAGUGAAACUGAGUGAAGCUCUAGAAAGAUAUGGACUUAAGACUGAAGAUUUUUUUAUCUUGAAGCAUGGAGAAUCAAGAUACCUAAAUACAGAUGAUGAAAACUUUGAAUAAAUAUGAGCACAGAUGCUUUUAAUGAAAAAGGCACCAUCUGAUAUAAAUUUGAAAACAAAUGAAAAGACU